UCUUAAUAUAUUUAAUGAAAGACGCGGCGAUGACCAAGAAGCACCCGACGACGCGAUGACGCCCACUUCUCGCGUACGCAAAACUGAUUGUCUUAAGGAAAGGGAGUCGCUUCGGUCGAUAUAGCGUCUGACACUUCAGACCACGUGGUCACCUGUGUAUUUUAUUCAACACAUAGAAAGCGGGUUUGGUGCGGAGCAAAGUCCAGAAGACCUCCUGGCUUAAGCGAGUUUCUAGCACGUUAGAAUACCUUCCUAACAGAAUCUCGAUUGUUUAAAGCUUCGUGUCCCGUCGAAGUGUAAGUUUAGUGAGAAGGUCGCUCAUACUCUCUUGGAAUCCUUCUGACUUAGCAGGAUCGCAGUGCUGAGGAUUGGCAGGUGGAUUGGCGGAGGAGCCAGUCUGUCCGAACUCGGCUCGCUGAGACUGAACAACUGCCAGAUGACUAUGGGGGUUGCAAGGUGCCUGACAGCAUACUCCCUGACGAUUCUCCUUGUGGCCACUUUCAUGUCGAACUCUUGGAGCGCCCCUCAGGGCCACUUCCAGAGAAGAAACUGGACUCCUCAAGCGAUGCUUUAUUUGAAGGGUGCUCAGGGACGUCGCUUCAUAUCUGAAGACAGAAAAGAGGGAGACAUGUAUGACCGAAUACAGCUAGAAACAAGAAGUCAAAACCCAAAUCCUGUGGGCCUUUCAGAAGCGGCGGCAGUGUUGAUCAGCUACAUCAGGCAGGCACAAGAGGAAGAUGAUGACAACGUGGCAAUGGACUUCCAGGGACUACCGGUGUGGAAGCGACAGUUCUUCUGAUAGCCUGAGAAACUUCUGUCAGCUAGUUCUCUGUACCAUUUGACGUGACCAAAUUCAAUGUCAUUCAGUGCCACAAUGUUAAUUCUUUACUAUGACUAUAAGCCCAGUGCCAUAUUUCAAAUGUAUAUAGUAAAUUAAAGGAGACUUUGCAUCCCAAACAGCCAUCUCUUUAUCACUCAAUGCUAAAUAGCAGUCAGGGAAUAUUACUGCUUUUUCCAAAAAAGUAUUUUAUGGAUGGACUAUGGUGUUUCAGGUGAGAAGGUCAGACCUGCUUCAAAGACAACAUUAUUUCUGAUUACUAUAGCUGACUGGCAGAUGUUCUUUUCUACAAUAAAGAUGUAUUGCUACAAAAGCUUUAAUCAGGCUUAUUUGUAUUAUCCAUAAAGCAAAUGUGAUUACUAAAUAGUCAUUUACAUGUC